CUUUUAGAGCAGCGGCGGAGGGGCUGGGUUGUUCGCCCGCAGAGAGGCGCUGGCGUGCGCAGUGGGCUGUGCCGGGCCCGGGCCCCGGGGAUCCGCGGGUCACCCCACCCCGCCUUGGUUGGGGGAAGGGGAAGGCAGUGGGUGGGAGUAAGCUACUGCCCUUAUCGCUGCCGCCGCCGCCCUCUGUGGACGUGGUUUCGCGAUGAGCGGCGCCGGGGAAAAGUGUCCAGGAGGAGCGGCCGCCCCAGAGGCCGGGGGCGACCUGGGCCCCGCCGAGGCCAAGGGUCCCAAGACCGAGGGGACCCCGGCGUCCGAGCCCCCUACUUCCAUGCUGAGCGUGGACGUGCCGGGGCUGCUCUCGCAGUUCGCGCGCAGCUUCGUGCUGCUCUUCCCGGUGUACGCGCUCGGCUACCUGGGGCUGAGCUUCAGUUGGAUCCUGCUGGGGCUGGGGCUGCUCUUCUGGUGCCGGAGAAACAAGGGCCACAAGACGUCCCGCCUGUACCGGGCGUUGGCCUUUCUGGAGGACGAGGAGCGGGCGGUGCGCCUCGGCAUCUGCUCUUCCGACCUGCCCGCCUGGGUUCAUUUUCCAGACACUGAAAGAGCAGAAUGGCUAAAUAAGACUGUAAAACACAUGUGGCCUUUUAUUUGCCAAUUUAUAGAGAAGUUGUUUCGAGAAACAAUAGAACCAGCUGUUCGGGGAGCAAACACCCACCUUAGUACCUUUAAUUUCACAAAGAUUGACAUGGGUCAACAGCCCCUUAGGAUCAAUGGUGUUAAGGUAUAUACUGAAAAUGUAGACAAAAGGCAAAUUAUUUUGGACCUUCAAAUCAGUUUUGUAGGCAAUUGUGAGAUUGAUUUGGAGAUCAAGCGAUAUUUUUGUAGAGCUGGUGUGAAAAGUAUACAAAUUCAUGGUACUAUGCGAGUGAUCCUAGAACCAUUGAUUGGAGACAUGCCCUUAAUUGGAGCUCUGUCUAUCUUCUUCCUUAGGAAACCACUUUUGGAAAUUAACUGGACAGGACUAACUAAUCUUCUAGAUAUCCCUGGAUUGAAUGGUCUGUCAGAUACAAUCAUUCUGGAUAUAAUAUCAAACUAUUUGGUGCUUCCUAAUCGAAUCACUGUUCCUCUUGUCAGUGAAGUUCAGAUAGCUCAGUUGCGGUUUCCUAUACCAAAGGGUGUUCUAAGGAUACAUUUUAUUGAAGCUCAGGAUCUUCAAGGAAAAGAUACAUAUCUUAAGGGACUUGUCAAGGGAAAGUCAGAUCCCUAUGGAAUUAUUCGAGUUGGCAACCAAAUCUUCCAAAGCAAAGUUAUCAAAGAAAAUCUUAGUCCAAAGUGGAAUGAAGUUUAUGAGGCUUUAGUUUAUGAACAUCCUGGACAGGAAUUAGAAAUUGAGCUCUUUGAUGAAGACCCAGAUAAGGAUGACUUUCUAGGAAGUCUUAUGAUUGAUCUUAUUGAAGUUGAAAAGGAGCGCCUUUUAGAUGAAUGGUUCACUCUGGAUGAGGUUCCUAAAGGAAAACUGCACUUGAAACUAGAAUGGCUCACAUUAAUGCCAAAUGCUUCAAAUCUCGAUAAGGUGCUAACAGACAUCAAAGCUGACAAAGACCAAGCCAAUGAUGGUCUUUCUUCUGCAUUGCUUAUCUUGUACUUGGAUUCAGCAAGAAAUCUUCCAAGUAUCUACGAGGGAAGCUUUGGGUGUGGCUACUUAAAAGAGAGGAGAGCAUCGGGACUAGUAUUUUGUGAAAAUACUUCCUCAGUCUAUAGAGCACUAUUUAGUAACCCAUUAGAAUUUAACCCUGAUGGCUUGAAGAAGGCUGCAGUUCAGAAAGCUUUAAAGUCAGGGAAGAAAAUAAACAGCAACCCAAAUCCUCUUGUCCAAAUGUCAGUUGGGCACAAGGCUCAAGAAAGUAAGAUUCGGUACAAAACUAAUGAGCCUGUGUGGGAAGAAAACUUCACUUUCUUCAUUCACAAUCCCAAGCGCCAGGACCUUGAAGUUGAGAUCAAAGAUGAAGAGCAUCAGUGUUCACUGGGGAAUCUGAAGAUUCCACUCAGCCAGCUGCUCGCAAGUGACGAUAUGACUGUGAAUCAACGAUUCCAACUUAGUAAUUCAGGUCCAAACAGCACUAUAAAAAUGAAGAUUGCCCUCAGGGUACUUUACCUGGAAAAACAGGAAAGGUCUCCAGAUCACCAACAUUCAGCUCAAGUAAAAAGGUCCUCUGUUUCCAAAGAAGGGAGAAAAAUAUCUGUCAAGUCUCAGAUUUCUGCAUCUCCAGCCACUGAUGGCAGCAAAACGGCACCAUCCACACCAAUAAUUGAUGGCAGUAGUAAAACUGACACAGAAGAGAGAGAGGAGCCUCCUAACGUCAGCCCUCAGUGGCCACGUCAUCUCAGCAGAAGUUCCUCCAGCCUCCAGGCCUCCAGUUCUGCCUAUUCCCCAAGCCACGUUUCAGUCAAGGAACCCACGCCAAGCAUAGCCUCAGAUAUAUCACUGCCUAUUGCCACACAGGAACUUCGGCAAAGAUUGCGACAGCUUGAAAAUGGAACGACAUUGGGACAAUCUCCUCUUGGACAGAUUCAGCUGACAAUACGUCAUAGUUCUCAAAGAAAUAAGCUCAUUGUGGUUGUGCAUUCCUGCAGAAAUCUUAUUGCCUUUUCUGAAGAUGGCUCUGAUCCCUACGUCCGAAUGUAUUUAUUACCAGACAAGAGGAGAUCAGGAAGAAGAAAAACACAUGUAUCAAAGAAAACAUUAAAUCCAGUGUUUGAUCAAAGCUUUGAUUUUAGUGUUUCAUUACCAGAAGUGCAGAGGAGAACGUUAGAUGUAGCAGUAAAGAACAGUGGUGGUUUCUUGUCCAAAGACAAAGGGCUUCUUGGCAAAGUAUUAGUUGCUCUGGCAUCUGAAGAACUUGCAAAAGGCUGGACCCAGUGGUAUGAUCUAACUGAAGAUGGUACAAGACCACGUAUGGUAACAUAGACCUUUCUUGGAUAUGAAGAAUUUCUCCUUGUAUUUUUCUCAUCUUUGUAUACUUUGAAUGCAUCACUCUCACAGAUGUACCAAUAUUAUUUUUAUAAUUUCAUGUAUUUAGUUAUUCCAUACCUUAAGAGUUUUAUAAAACAUAUGUUGACAUUUUAAGCAAAUUUGGCAAUAUUAUUGUGAGAUUUUGUACGUUUAAUUUCCUCUAGUAUUUCAUCAGUUAUUACAAUGUACAAUAGAGUAGUAGUUAAUUAUUAUGUUACAUAAAACCAUAUGUCAAUUCUGUCUGCUAUAAAUGGAUAUAUAUAUAUGCUUUAAUAUUGCCUUGUUUUGUAUAUCACUGAGGUACACUAUGCCAUGUAAAUAGACUAUUUUUUAUAAUGUCUACAUGCUGGUUUGAAUUCAGAAGAAAAUGAAUCAAGGAAAUAUAUAUUUUCUUCUAAAACAUUAAAUUCUUACGAGAAAUGAUCAUUUUUGUCUUUGCAGCAAAAAGUUUUAAGUGACCUAUUUUGUGGUGUUUUUUUUUUUAAAGGAAAAACCAAAAGAUUACUGAUUAGUAUUUUUCUUGCCCAUUAUGGCUGAUGAAAGAAAGUAUUCAAAAUAUUAACAUUUUCACAGAGAUAAAUAUGUAUUCUUGAGAGAUCAGUUAAAGGGCUUAGGGAGAAAAUUAUAACUGAGUGACAUAAAAUAUAAAAUAUUAAGAGAAUUAUCAUGGUUCAUAAAUUGUAGUGUAAUCUGAAACUUCUUAAAUAGAAAUGAAAUGCUUUAUGUUUAUUUUUAAUUGCUUGUUGUAACUGAUUCAUGAAAUAGUGCACAGAUAACACAAAUUAUACUUUUCUUAAAAUAUAAUGCAGAACAGACUUCCAAUGUUAGAUGUUAGGCUAUUGUAAAACAGUUAAUCAUGAGCUUUGUUAAUUUUCAUUGUUUUUCCAACCUGUAAAGAAAGAAGGGCACAUGUUAUUAUUAAGGUUACAAAAUAAGAUUGGAAUGAGUGGUUAGAAUACUGAGUUAGAAACUAAUAGUUUUUUCAUUCAUUUGUUAAUAUGAGAAGAACUAAGUUCAACAUGAUCCAUUGAACUGGAACUCUGGUUCAUUCUGCUAAUAUGCGUGGGCUUCCACCAGGACCAAAGGGUUUCAACACAGUGGCGACACAAGCCGUCAUUGGUUUUAAAUAGCAGUUUCCUGGGUUUCCUCGCUUUUUGCCUUGACUGAUCUUAAUGUUGGGAUAUUGUUAUACAGUUUUUAUUUUGUUUUUUUUUUUUUCUUUUUGGAUUAUUAAAAGCAUGUUUUACUCUUGUGAGGUAACGCUAUAGAGGAGUCUGAUAAGCUAUGCAUGCCUGUAAACCAAGUAUGCACAUAUGCAGAAGGAUCUUUCAAUAUAUAUUUAAGCUGUGUGAUGAAAAUGGCUUCCUUAGCCAUAAGAACAUUUUAAAACUGUGUAAAUAUAUGGGGGAAAAUAUGGCUUUCUGAUUGAAAUUGGAGAUCUUACUGUAAUUCAUUUCAUGAAACUAAACAACUUAUGGAGAGCUCACAUGACCAAACAAACCAAAGUGCCUGUGAUGGAUGCUGAUUAUUAUUUCUACACACACCUGCCUUCUAGUGGAUUUUAAUUUUGUUUUCAUUUAUAAUUUACACUUUGAUCCAUGGGUUUAUUUAUAAUGGAUUUGAUAGCUUCACAACACAUUUCAUGUAAUCAUGAAGAGCAGUUUAAUCUCACUCUUUUCCUAUUUAAUGAGGCUUCCCUAUAAUGCUCCAUUAUAAACCAUUUCCAUUGUUAGUGUGUAGGAUUUAUUAUACUGAUUGGAAAUUGAUGUAUAUGUUGAUACACACAUAUGACCAUAUCUACAUGCAAAACACUUAACUACAGUAUUUCAGUAGCAUGAGAGAUAAUAACUUAUUAAAUCUAGUUGCCUACCUGUGCUAUUAGAUUUUUUUUUUUUUAAUUUAGAUCUAUUGAAGGGUUUCCAGCAUGAUCUAUAAAAGAGAAGAAAAGCUCAUUCCAAUUUUAGCAUACCAGUAAGUUUACCAAAAUCCUAAACAUUUGGGUUUUGCAACUGUGUGCUUAAUCUGUUCGAUGUGUAUUUUACUUAAUGGAAUGCUUUACUUAACAAUUAUGCAGAAAAGAUGAAAUUAAAGGUACAAAUUACAAAGGAAACCAGUUUAACAGUACAAUGUGCUGCCCUUGGAUGCCAGAAUCUUCAGUUUAGUCUCUGUCAUUCAUAUCAUGAGAAGAGCUGUCACCAAGGAGGAGUUUGGAUACAAAGUUAUCACCUGCAGGUUAUGAAGCCUAUAGUAGCUGCCUCCAUUCUCUUUCAAAGGAAAUAAAGAAAGAAGAGUGAUGAUUUUAAGGACACUAAAGCAUCUCCCAAAUUGUGGUUGUGUCUUUUGUAGCAAAAUGACAGUUAAAAGGGAAGUUCUUGUUUACAGGCAGAAAGGUUAAAGAAUUUCUAUCCUGUUAGCACUCUCAGGAUCCUGAUGAUGAAGAAAACCCUUAGUUGUUCUCAAAAAUGUUAAUUUUUAGUUUUCAAUAAUUGGUUUACCUGGGAAAAGGGAACUUUAACUUUCCUACUUUUGAGCCAAAUCAGUGGAAAGACAAGCAAUUUCAGUGAGUUUUGAAGUAUAGUUUUCCUUAGCAUAUAUAUGUGGAUUUCUUAUCCUGUGCCUUACAGUAUGGAAGUAUAAAAGUAUUGUUUUCAAAUUUUAGGUUAAAACAAAAGAAGCCUUGUAGCUGUACUUACCACAAUUUAUAAUUCUAUACUAUGGGAAUUCCUUUUACAGAUUUUCGUCAUCGACAAAGCCAGUCCUUCUUUUUCAAAAACACAAGCCAAAUGUAAAUUAGUGUAUACAGCUUUGCAUUUAUACUGUGGUUGUUAUUUUAAUUCCAAUUCUAUCUGUAUCACCCACUGCAAAUGGAAAACAGCAGAGGGAUUUUUAUGAUGAUGAUGAUGAUUAUUAUUAUAGACUGUCCUUUUUGAUUGACCAGUUUCACAUGACAGUGCAUGUAUUUAUUCAAUAAAACUUUUAUGUUAGUUCA